AUGGUGAUGGCCACCGCGGCGGCCGCCAUGGACGUGGAUGCGCCGGCGGCGCCCAACGGAAACAACGCCGCCAACAAGGCGGCCAAGCAGGGGCGGCGCGGGCGCCGCGAGAUGCGCCGGAUCGAGGACUCCACGAGCCGCCAGGUGACCUUCUCCAAGCGCCGGAGCGGGCUCCUCAAGAAGGCGUACGAGCUGUCGGUGCUGUGCGACGCAGAGGUCGCCCUCAUCGUCUUCUCCCCGCGCGGCCGCCUCUACGCCUCCGCCGCCAACUUGCAGAAUACAAUUGAUCGGUACCUGAAGCACACAGAAGGCACACCUGCAAAUGGGAAAGUUGAAACAGGCGUAGAGAAGUGGAAGUAUGAGGCUACAACCUUGGGAAAGAAGAUAGACGCAAUUGAGACAUACAAGAGGAAGCUGCUUGGAGAGAACCUUGGAUCUUGUUCAGUUCAGGAGCUAAAAGAACUGGAGGCACAGCUAGAGAAGAGCCUAAGCAUAAUCAGGCAAAGGAAGUAUAAGAAGCUGAUGGAUCAAAUUCUAGUCUUGAGGGAGAAGGAGCAGAAACUCUUGAUGGAGAACGCGAUGCUCCGUGAUCAGUUUAAGGCCCUGCCUCUGCUAGAGCUGAAUGAUAAGGACCAUGACCAUCAUAUGCAUGCUGCUGGUGGCGGCCAAGAAGAGGAAGCAGCGGCGGCGAAGGAGGGGCGCAUGGAGGACGUGGAGACGGAGUUGGCCAUCGGAAUUACUGGAAGCAGGAGAGUUACUGAAUCACCUGCGCCGAGGCUCCAUCAGCAGCCUGCUGGAUCAUAUCGACGAUCGAGCGCAUGA